AUGUCCUCCGCCAAUCGCAACCAGUUCCUCGAUGCCGGCGACAGCGACGAUGAUGCUGGUCGUGGAUAUGAUUCCGAAGACGAUAUUCAAAAGGGUGGCCGGAGCGUCAAGCGGAGGAGGGUCGAAGACGAAGAGAGCGAAGCCGAAGAUUUCAGCGACCUGGAAGGCGGCGACAACGAGGAUGGCGGCGCAAAGCUGGCCGAGGGCCCAACAGAGUCCACAGGAGCGCGUGAAAACGCGGAUGAGACAGAACGGAGACCAGAGAAUGGCAAGCCGACGUCAAAACCAGAGCUCCCUGAUUUGUCAAAACCGCUGACGAAGAAGAAUCUCGUUGCGACUGAGGCUGCCAUCAAAAAAUCGGGCGUUAUCUAUCUAUCGCGGAUCCCCCCCUUCAUGAAGCCUGCAAAAUUACGCUCGCUGCUCGAACCCUACGGCAAGAUCAACAGGAUCUUUCUAACACCGGAGGAUCCCCUCGAGCAUAGCCGCCGUGUUCGCAGUGGUGGGAACAAGAAGCGGUCGUACACCGAGGGCUGGGCUGAGUUUGUGAAGAAGAAGGAUGCGAAGAAGGCCGUCGACUUGUUAAACGCUCAGACAAUUGGCGGGAAGAAGUCUAGCUGGUACCGGGAUGAUGUCUGGGCCAUGAAGUACCUGAAAGGGUUCAAAUGGCACCAUCUCACCGAACAAAUUGCAGCUGAAAAUGCCGAGCGGGCCAGCAGAAUGCGUGCCGAAAUCGCCAAGACAACCCGGGAGAACAAGGAGUUCGUUCGCAACAUUGAGAAGGCCAAGGUUCUCAAUGGCAUACAGGCCAAGGCAGCAGCAAAACGGAAGAAGAACUUCGGGGAUGAAGAGGAGGGAGACGACGGCGAACAUCCGGCCGAUGUGCCGGAGCGCGUACCAACACACAAGAAGAGACGGACAUUCAAACAAGUACCGCUGGCCAAGAAGAGGAAACAAGAAGAACAGCCCGAGCAGGUUCAAAGAGUGCUCAGCAAAAUCUUUUGA